AAAUAUACGGAAAGAGGUUUAGGUUCGGUUCAUAAUUCAUAUCCGUAUAUCAGAGAAUCUUGGGACGUUCCCUUGAGGUGGCUCUCCUGAUAGGGGAAAGCCGCCAGACGUGUUGGAAAAGCUGUGAGAAAGCCAAGUCUUCGAACGGAGAAGCUGCUGCUGUCCAGUGAGGGGAAGGAAGGAGGCCUCAUUGUACUCGCCUUGCACAUAGUAUCUCCUUUAUCCCUCGCAGGGAGGGCUUACUGCAAAGUGCUCCCUUUUAGCAAUGGAAGGAGCAAAGCAACAGAAGGAUGUACCUCAGCCACCAGUUCAACCAAUUUCUCUGAGAAUUCUAUUUGCUGAAGACCACCAGUGGCUAAAGGUUGACACUCACCUCUCUGUGUGUCCUGGAAAUGGCUGCAGUGUUGAUGUCUGCCUCUACAUCAGGGCACUCUGUGCUCACGAGAUUGACCAGUGCCCGGAAUAUUGUUCUUGGUGCUCUAAGGUUAGACGAUGGCUCAGGUAUCACGCCAGGUCCUGCAAACCCAAGAAGUGUCCAUACAAUCAUUUUUGCAAUGAAACUCAAAAAAAAUUUUUUCGUCGUCGGAUGACUAUUCCAUACAGCGAACAGUGGUCUAAGGGCCCUACCUCAUCUCUUCAUUCAUCUGCCAGUGAGUCGUCUGUUUCCAGUGGGUCUAUUCCUGUAGGAGGAGCUAUGGGAACAACAAGACACUCUAUCACUGCUGCUGGUCCUGGUCCAUCUAGUACAUGUAGGUGGGGCUGCUCUGAAGAAGCUAAAUGCUGUGAGAGUGGUAAUUGUUGCCACGAGCCACAUCCACAUGACAUGGCGUCACCGUCCUCUUCAUCAUCGUCACUCGUCCUCUCUUCAUCUUACAUCACUAGUUCCUAUUCUCAGGACAUCAUUCAGAGAGCACUGGACGAGAGACUCCCAGAGACUGAGACUGAAGUGAAGGCGUACAUAGAAACCAAGAAACAAAUAAGAUUAGCAUUAUUGGAGCGGCAUAAGUUUUAUCAGGAAGGCGUCCACUGGGAAAGGAUUAAACAGCUGGGUUGUGGUAGCAGCGGAACUACCUAUUGUAUCAGAGAUAGGGAGACCUCGUUCUGGCUAGCACUAAAGGAGGAGCAAGAGUCAUUGACAGCUGUAAAUGAGACACUGAUAUCGCUCCGACUCUCUUCAAGCUCCAAAGAUCAUCCUCCAAAUAUAGUUGAGUUUUAUGGAGCGUCACUCUUACCUCUACAAGUUGAGACUAAGCUACAGCUAUUCCUUGAACUGAUGCCUUGCUGCUUGCAGAGCUAUCUUUAUAAUGGAGGCCCACUCUCAGUCGAAGAUGCACACAAUUACGCGUGUCAGUUAUUUGAUGCUCUUGAUUAUCUGCACGGUAAAAUCAACCUCGUUCAUUCGGAUAUAAAACCUGGUAAUCUACUGAUUGAUGAGAACGUCCAGAGACUUAAAGUGACUGAUUUUGGUUGCUCUCAAGUCCUAGAAGACAGCCACCAGGGCUACUGCAUGAGAGGAGAUGCCAAUGCUGGCACUGUCCAUUACAACCCACCAGAACAUUACAGCGAGUUUAGAUGCAGCUACGCACUCGACAUCUGGCAGGCCGGAUGCUGUAUCAUUGCCAUGGUAACGGGGCGUCGCCCGUGGCGAUCGAUGUAUUUAGACUGUAGGGAGAGACGUUAUAGGGCAGAAGUACAGCAGUCACAAAUACAGCAGAUCUGUAAAGUCCCUUAUUCCCAUCAUGUGCCUGGUUUCUUAGACCCUGCUCUCCAGCAGCUGGUCCAGCAGUGUCUGUCCAUUGACUAUAGGAGGAGGCCAUCACUCAAAGACUGCCUUGGACUGCUAGCACAAUCUGAUGUUGUAUCUGAUAGUUGUAAAGGACAAUGGCUCUCACAUCUUGGCCUUCAGCCUACAUGUUUCUCCUCUUCUUCUUCUCCUGCCCCAAAAUCUUUUCUCGUUGAUAUUUAUCUUGGAUCUUACGUACAUUAUUCUCACUAUUCUCUCCUUCCCGGCUGGCUGGGCUCCGUCUCAUGUGACAGUCACGUGACUUAUAGUCAACUUCAUGAACUCAUUCGCAAUUCAAUUCCAGUAACUCAGCUAUUCAGAUCUAUGGAGUUUGGCUUAUGCGACAACCUGCCUAAUCUAAUAUGGCAGAAGUCAAGCAUUAAUCACGGCACAAGUGAUACAACAUCGGAAGACAUCAUUCAACUUUCAAGACCAAAAGGAACUGAUGCAAUUGACUCUAGCAAAGGAGUUGUCGUCAUUGUGGAAUGAAAUGCAAUUUACUGCAAUCAUCACUCUCUCUCUCUCCCUCCCCCACCCCCUAAUUUUAUUCCUGUGGAAUAGUUCUGUGUUUUUUGCUUGCAAUGUGUUGCUUUAUUUUUCUACUUGUUGUUGCACAUCAAAUUGUUUUUUUAAAGUUA